GAACGUUUUGACGUAUUCGUCCAUUAACACUAUUGAUCAGUUGAACGUUAUCACUUAUCAUACAUUUCGUGCCAAUUCCGCGCCUUAUAAUUUGCAGUCCUAGGUCCCAUAAUAAUAUAUGUGCAGUACAUAAAAUGCUAUAAAUUAGUCAAAAUGUUUAAUAAAUCAAUUAUUAACAAAAUAUACAUAACCGUUAUUGUUUUUAAUUUACGUAAGAUUAUGCCAAAGGUUCUUUAAACGCGAUAGACUCGUUAGUUAAGAGUGAUGUCUAGAGCUGCAUUUAUCAAUUUUAGACAAUUGAUUAAUACAAGCAGGUAAAAUAUGAAUUUUAUUUUGUAAAAUUGUCUUGUUUUAUUGUAAAAAUGUUUAUGACUUUAUUUGAAUUUCAAUAAUUUAUCAAUUUCUUAUAAAACGUAUGUGUUGUGUCCUUGAUAGACACAGUAUUUUUUACAGUAUCAAUUUUUUUUUUUUUUAUUGUAAUAAGUAAAUCAAAUCUUAAAUUUCAACACCUACUCAUUUUAGCUAAAAUUAUUGGAGAUCAUAUGGUAUAGUGGAAAACUCAUGUUUCUUACUUUUACAAUAUUAUCAAUCUAAUACAAAUUCUUAAUAUAUUGCAUAUCUAUUAUUUUAUUUAUAUUUUGUUGUUAUUAUUUAGACCUUGAAAAGUUUUAAAAUAUCAUUUUAACCUUGAAUUAUUACAUUUUUUUUAUAUUUCACAAUAAAUAAAUUGUGUAAGUAUGUACUUAAAAAAUUUAAUAAAAUAUUUAAUUUUAAUGUCCAAUAUAUUAACCAAAUAAACCUUAAGAUGGAUCUCUACUUAUUGAAUCUAAACUGAAUUUUGAUUAAUAUAUGGUUAGGUAUACAGGAUUAAUGUCUGUUCAAUAUGAUACGUAAAAUUGAAAAUUAUUUUGGUAGGAAUGAUUCAAAUUUAAUGUCCUGUUUCCAGUGUUUCAGCUUCAGUUUCUAGUCUAAUCAAAUAUCAGGACAGUUUACAUUAUUAUAAAGAAAUCUGAGAAUAAUACUAUUGACACUAAUCGUAAAAAAAUAUUAAUUUUCUUUUUAUCAUAAAAUCUAUUUGAUAUUCAUUACCAAAUAUAUAUGCAGUGUAUUUCAAUGAUUUCAGGUAUAUAACAAUAAUAAUACUGAUUAAUUGAUGUUUGUAGAUAAUAUACUUUUUACUGAGUCGCCAACGUACAAUAGAUAUAAUAUAUUAUUCCAUUUUUAGAAUAGAAUUAAUUUUGAUCAUAUUUUUUGGUAACAUACCACCUAGAUUCUUAAUCGACUGUAUACCUAGUGGUUAUUAAGAUCCCUGUGAUUAACCAGAUCUAUAUGUAUCUUUAGUUCUAUUGUAUCUCCAGUACAAACAUAGCUUAUAGGGAAUGUUGCAAUAUUGUAUUCUAUUUUCCUACUUCAAAAUAUAUAUAUAUGUAAUUUUAUUGUUGAAAUAAAUGCAUUAUUACUAUCAACUAGGUGGCUGUUCUCCUAUUUUUUAUAAUAUCAGGAAACUUGUAUAUUUGUUUUAAAUUUAUUUUUUUUUUUUUUGCUACUUGUUGAUAUUUCAAUGCUAGUUGCAUUUUUAAGACAAUUAAAAUUGGUUAGCUGUAAUUGUUGAAUAAGCAUUAGGUAUAUGAUUAUUCAUGGAUAUAAUAAUUUUGUAUUGUAUCUAAUGCCAGUGAAUACUAUAUUUAUUGUUUUAUUAAAAAUAAAUAAUUCAAAUAUUUUUGGUAAUUUUUACCAAAUGUAAUUUUGACAUUUUUGGCAUUUUACUAACUUGUAUUCUGCUUUUUAUUGCAAACUACCUAUAAAACAUGUUUUAAUAGUCUAUAGUGCUAUAUAUCUUGAGCCCUGAUUAAAGAUGUAAACAAAUAUUAUUUCAAUUAAGUAUAAUAACUUAUACAUUUUAAGCAAAUAUUUCUAUCUUUUUUUUUCUUUUUAAGGUUAUGCAUUAAUGGAUGGCUAUAUUUUGAAUUAAUUAUUAUUAUUAACUAAUUAGUUUUUAACAAUAGAUAGCAUAACAAUGUUUGAACUUGUAUAACUUUAAAAUAUCAUACUAAAAAAACCAUAAAGCAUUGAGAAAUAAUUUUACUUAGUUAAAUAAUUAGUCACUUAUUAAGAAUUUUUAAGAAAAUUCUAUUUUUUUUUUUUUUUAUAUAUAAAAUUAGUAAAAAAUGUAAAAAUAUUUUAUCUAGAUGAUAUAACAAAUGUUAUUGUAUUUUGAUUUAUUUAUAGAAAAUGGAAGAUUAUCAGUUUAAUAGAUGAAAAACAAAUCAUGUAUUCUGUAAGGAUAACAAAGCGAACAUUUAUUAACUUAUUAGUACCAAAUGCUGGAAACAGGAACAAGAAAGUUUACAAAGAAAGAAAACUAAUUGGGUAAAUAUUACAUAUUUGAGAAAUUAUGACAACAUAAUAUUUGAUUACUAAAACUAAUUACACAUUACAGGUAUUCUCCUAUGCAAAUGUUUGAUGUAAUUCAAGACACAGAAAACUAUAAACAUUUUUUACCAUUUUGUCGACAGUCAACAGUGAAAUUAAAGGAAAAAAAUCAUGCAAAAACUUAUUUAGAAAUUGGUUUUCCGCCAAUAAUAGAAAGUUAUGUUUCACACAUAACCUUUCAACGUCCCCAUAUGAUUAAAGCUGAGUGUAGAGAUGGAAAAUUGUUUAAACAUUUAAUUACUCAAUGGAAUUGUGAUCCCGGAAUAAAAAAUAAUCCUAACACUUGUAUAAUCACAUUUUUUGUAUCUUACGAAUUUAAAUCACAAUUACAUUCAACAGUAGCCAAUAUGUUUUUCAAUGAACUAGUUAAACAGAUGGAACAAGCAUUUUUUGAUGAAGCCGCUAGACGAUAUGGGAAACCUUGUAUAAAAGCUGAAAAACUUAAAUUGGUUCCGAAUAAUUAAAAAUGUUUGUUUUAAGUAGUUUGACUACUGAUAAAAAUGAGUAAGAAAUAAAAGUGAUUCCAUGUUAUUAUUUGUGUAACAUAUUUACUGUUGAAAAUAAUUUUAAAUGUGUUGGAAGUUUCUAGAAAAUACCUAACUUUUUAAACUACAUUUAUUAUUACAAUAAAUUUGAAUUAAAUUUUAUAAUUAGUAAAAACAAAAAUUAUAUAACUGUAAAAAUAAAUUACAUUUCUAUCUAAUAGAAUUAUUACAAUUUUUUAAUAAUUUAUAUUGGGAAAUCAUUAAUUAUUUUCUAGUAUCUUCCAUACGUUUAUAAUUGAAUUAUUAUUUGUUAUUUAAUAUUGUAUAAUAAAAAAAAAAAUUGUAUAAUGAUAAUUUAAUGAUUUAUUACCAACUAGACUACUGUGCUUGUUAAACCUGUAUUAGCUUAUAAUAAAAAUACAGUGAUAAACUGAAAUACUUACACUAAAUUUUAUAAUCUUAACCAAAAUUUGAUGUAAUCAAUGCACAUAAAUAAUAUUAUUAUGCCUAGUUGCGCCAAGUAAAGAUUGUCAAGAACUAACUGGAUGUCUUGCAAUUAUUUCAAAAGUUAUUUAAUAGAAGUCUAAACUGUG